AAGUGGAGCGGCGGCGGCGGAGGAGGGACUGAGUGGCGGCGGCCCCCGCGUCCCGGUUUCUCUAUGGGGGAAGCAGACAAUGGAUUAUGAUUUCAAGGCGAAGCUGGCGGCGGAGCGGGAGCGGGUGGAGGAUCUGUUUGAGUACGAAGGGUGCAAAGUGGGACGCGGCACCUACGGGCACGUCUACAAGGCGAGGCGGAAAGAUGGAAAAGAUGAAAAGGAAUAUGCACUUAAGCAAAUCGAAGGCACAGGAAUAUCUAUGUCGGCUUGUAGAGAGAUUGCACUUUUGAGGGAACUGAAGCACCCUAAUGUGAUCGCCUUGCAGAAGGUGUUCCUUUCUCACAGCGACAGGAAGGUGUGGCUACUGUUUGACUAUGCAGAACACGACCUGUGGCAUAUUAUUAAGUUUCACCGUGCAUCAAAAGCAAAUAAAAAGCCCAUGCAGUUGCCGAGAUCCAUGGUUAAAUCGCUGCUGUACCAGAUUCUCGAUGGUAUCCAUUACCUCCACGCCAACUGGGUGCUCCACAGGGACCUGAAACCAGCAAAUAUCCUAGUAAUGGGAGAAGGCCCUGAAAGGGGGAGAGUCAAAAUAGCUGACAUGGGUUUUGCCAGAUUAUUCAAUUCUCCUCUAAAGCCACUCGCAGAUUUGGAUCCAGUAGUCGUGACAUUUUGGUAUCGGGCCCCAGAACUUUUACUCGGUGCCAGACAUUACACGAAGGCCAUUGACAUCUGGGCAAUAGGCUGCAUAUUUGCCGAACUCUUGACUUCAGAACCCAUUUUUCACUGUCGUCAGGAGGAUAUAAAAACAAGCAAUCCUUUUCAUCAUGAUCAGCUAGAUCGAAUAUUUAGUGUCAUGGGUUUUCCUGCAGAUAAAGACUGGGAAGAUAUUAGAAAAAUGCCAGAGUACCCAACUCUUCAAAAAGACUUUCGAAGAACAACGUAUGCCAACAGCAGCCUCAUAAAGUACAUGGAGAAACACAAGGUCAAGCCUGACAGCAAGGUCUUCCUCCUGCUUCAGAAGCUCCUCACCAUGGAUCCAACCAAGAGAAUCACCUCAGAGCAGGCUCUGCAGGACCCUUACUUCCAGGAAGACCCCCUGCCAACAUUAGAUGUGUUUGCUGGCUGCCAGAUUCCAUACCCCAAAAGAGAAUUCCUCAAUGAAGAUGAACCAGAGGAGAAAGGCGACAAGAACCAGCCGCAGCAGCAGAACCCACAUCAGCAGCCUGCAGCCCCCCCACAGCAGGCAGCAGCCCCCCCACAGGCUCCUCCCCCACAACAGAGCAGUGCCCAAACCAAUGGAACUGCUGGGGGAGCCGCUGCUGGGGGCGGGGGCACUGGAGCAGGGCUGCAGCACAGCCAGGACUCUGGGCUGAAUCAGGUGCCUCCAAACAAGAAGCCCCGGAUUGGGCCUUCGGGUGCAAACUCAGGCGGGCCCGGCAUGCCAUCGGAUUAUCAGCACUCCAGUUCUCGCCUGAAUUACCAAAGCAACGUUCAGGGGUCCUCUCAGUCCCAGAGUACGCUAGGUUACUCGUCAUCUCAGCAGAGCGCCCAGUACCACCCAUCUCACCAGGCCCAUCGGUACUGACCCACUGCCCUGGGCCUGGCCGCUGAGAGCACGGAGCACAGACUCCAGCAGGGUGGUGUCUGCAUUACAAAGAACCCCAGGAUGAAGACUGACCCAUGCAAAGCGCACAGCCACUUGAAAGGAAACCUUUGCAUGCUAAGUGUUUUGAAGGACUAAUACCUCUUCUUGACUUAAAGAAGAUUCUUGUGAAGUGUCCCAGCCCUCUUCCCCGCAUGAAUUCCUCUGAGACUUUCCUGAUGAAGCAUCUGGCCUACCCCAGCACUUCUGCAUCCUUCAGCAGUCUCUGGAGGAGUCUCUGGUGCACCUUUCUCACGCUGUAGCAAUCAUUCUAUUUAUCGUUUCUUAGGAUUUCAAUGUUCUAGGAACAGGGUUCCAAUGGUGUAUAGUUUUAUACUUCAUGGACUGACUUAGCAACACCAGUCAGAUGCACCUUUAAAGCACUACACAGUCUUCACAGACUAACUGCUUUGCUCUUGGAAGUCUUAAAAAGAAACUGUUACUGUCCCAAAGUACUUUACUAUGGUGUUUGUAUUUAUCUCUUUCAGGGAAGGUCUAGUGAAAGACAAGUGUGGGAUAGAUGGCGCCCACAACCAAAAACAGCGUAGGUCUUUGCAGCUGCCCGCUUAUGCUGUGAAGGACUGAAAUACUUGGUGGUUUUUAUAUAAUCAUUUAUGGGGAACUCAGUUCCCAGAAUCCUAUUCUGAAUAAUAUUCAGUAAUUAAAAUUAUAAUUUUAACUUCAUGUAGCUAAGCCUUCUUUAAAAGAGGUUUCAGGAGCUUUGAUGGAAUCUGGUCCUUUGGGACUCACCUGGGAAGUCUGAAGAGACUGUUUCCUGCACUAGGAGCUCACAAGGAGUCAUGCUGAUCAAAGCGUGUUUCUUCCACUUGAAGGAAAAGCUUUUUCCAUGUAUAUCGUCAGAGGCUUCUCUCUAGAAGCUGCUGGCUCUUCGGUCUCUUCACAUCUGGUCAGCAUGAGUAACUUUCUUUCAUAAUCAAGGAUACUCAAAUAGAAGCCUGUUAAUUCAUCUGCAGUGUUUUCCAUUUGUAUGUACAUUAAGCAUAAAAUGACUAUUUUUAAAGCAUGGUAAAAUUUUAGGUUUCAUUCAUGUUCGAAGUAUGUAUUAUGUAUGCAUAAUUUUGCUAUUAUUGAGACUUAACGCUGUCGAGAAUCUUUUUUAUUGCACUGAAUGCUUUCUUUUGCCCCUAGGAAAAAACUUAAUAAUUGUGCCUAAGAACUACGGGCAGACAGUGUGACGUAGGUGAGGUGAGUAUCUGCAUUUCCAUGAUCUACGACUUAGAGGGGAGUUCCUUCUUAGCUCCUUUUAAGGAACCCCCACCUCCAGAAUCAGGAGGAAAUGUAAAGGCUUAGGGCUCCCAUUGUAGUUCAGGGGCCAGAACAUCUGUGCUCUGAUGCACAUCUCUGCUCUGAUGCUCCUAGCAGCACCAGCCUUGUUCUCAAUGUUUCCUGAGCUAGAAAAAAUAGCCAAUUGUUGUAUAUGCAAACUAUAUGCAUUUUUAAAAACUAUUCUUGUGAACCUAUCUACCUGGUUAUGAUACUCUGGGGUCCAUAUACAAGUAAAUAAGAUUUUUAGAAGCCAGUAUACAUUUUGCACUAUUGAUGUGAUACUGUAGCCAGCCAGGACCGUCUGAUUUCAGCAUAGUGAGGGUUAUAAAUAGUAAUAAAGGCUGUAUAGUGACAUGCACACCAGGACCGAAAAUGAAGUCAUUGACACGUGACGUGCUUCAUUGGGAGGAAUCUCUGUCUCCUUAGAUUUGUUUUAUCCCUUAUAUUUUUUUAAAAUAAGAAUCAGCCUCCUGCAUAAUGCAGCUAUCUCUAUAAACUUCUGCCCUGUGCCCCGGAGCCUUCGUCCAGGGCCACUGCUCCGUAUCACAGGCCCAGCUCUGCUGGGUAGAAAAGAACAGGAGACAUUUCCUUCUACAGCCAGUCCAGUGACAAUAAACUCAUGUGGGAUGUCUGUGCCAAACUAUGCUUCUGUAUUUUGUGGUAAACAGUGUUAUAGGGAAGCAGAUCUGUGUCUGACCACUUAAGGAGCAAGCCAGUGAUUAGCUGUCACAAAAGGCAUCUAUGCAUAUUUGAAACGUUCACAGCAGCCUUCAGCAGCAGUUGGGUGGCCCUUGUGGACAGAGCAUACUCUACUAAAUGGUUGUAGAGAAUUACAGUGAAAACAGAAGCUCUGGUCUGGCCAUGAGCUCAAUUUAAUAAAAGGCAUUAGCCCUAGUCUGUGUAUAUACAUACAUAUAUAUAUAUUAAAUCAGUUCUUUGUACACAAACUGGAUACACAGUUCUGGCAGUGGGCACUUACACAUUCACAGGACUAUUCUGGUAAAACUGACUCAAACAGGGCACUUUGUCAUUUGCUUCCAGUAUAGUGUUUUCCAGGACAUAGCCAGAAAACUAUCUAUACAACUGGGUUCUACAUCACUGCACUGAUUCUGGCCCUUUGAUUUUCUCUUCUUGUCUCAGGGUUGGUGAUGCAUACCUGCACCCAGUACUCUUAGAAAUAAUUUCUGUUCAUUAUUUCCUUUCUCUGUGAAGGAAGCAAAGCCUUUCAUAUACAUUUAGGCCAUAGUUCGUGGGGUAAGACCUCUGAUGGGACCUAUGAAGCUUCUUAAGGGUGGAAUUUACCUUUGUGUGCCUCAAGUGAUGGCAUUUCUCUUUGAACGUUCAUUAGAUACUAUUUUCUUCUCUAGGGACACAGGGAGGCGUCCUCUGACUUAGGGGAGCUUUGGAGUCUAGAGAGGAUUGAAGGAUUGAGUUAAAAGGUUUCUGUUCUUUAUAUUAAAAGUCACUUUUAGAGGUAGCUUUGUGACAAGGUGUUUGGGGAAAGGAUCCAGGCAUUUGGGGACAGAGUAGCUAGCAGUACGAUAGCAUGAGUUGGUAAUUGGAGACUGAAGCAACCCUUUUGAUGAAGUGAACCCCGAAGUGAGGUGCAGAGAUUAAGGGACAAGUCCGUUUUUAUGUCUGUGCUUUUGAAACCUUAGGACUUAGAGCUCAGACGUUCUGCACGCGAUAACGUAGCUUCAUGACUGGGAGGGUUGGUUGGCCUCACGUUCACACAGGCUGGCUGCCUCAUUCCUGGUUGUUCUUGUGCCUCUGAGAUGAUGCCCUGCUUUGCUAAAAGGAAAAGGAAUUGGAGAGCAGGACUUAGAGCUUGCUUUUGUUUACGAUAGAGCAGCAGCUAUACACACUGCUCCCUAGGUGACCGAGACAGACAGUGAACGGCCAUCGGGCUUAAUGGAGUCUCGAAGGAGUCAUGCUCAAGUAAUAAUUUUAUGCAAAGUGUAGCAGGUUAGGUCCCCAUAAUCAUCAUCAAGGUUUGUUACAAACACCAUAGCCCCAAAGGUCAGUGUUUGAGGGAUUCCAGAAGUGUGUGAUAGCCAAGGGUACUUACCCUUCCUUCCAAGCUGUUUUCCAUAGGGAGUGAUGCUGAUGAGUUACAUGGGAAAUACCUAAUGCACUGUUACCACCCAGUAAAUAAAUUAAUUCUAUGUAAUUAAAAAAAAAAAAAGCUUUGUCUGGGUAGACACUAACAGCAUUAUACAAAGCCAGGACUGAGAUGUCCUUUUUAAUAAGAACUGAAAGUACUUUUUAUAUGUUAUACAGUCUGUCCUUUCUAAACUAGUUUGUACUUCUCAUAACCCCUAUUUGUGAAGUGUACCUGUCGAUCUUUUUGGUCAUUUUCUGCACGCACUCCCUCUGUAUGAUUAGAUAUUGCCAUGACUCUCCUUGCUCUGCUGUGAUGUGUGUAUACCAAGCCUACUGCCCUCGGAAGCCCGCUCUGGGGAUGCAGGGUGUGUGGCCUUGGCCUCUUCAGAACUGGGUGCUUCUGCUCUGGAGUUAUCCAGCCACCCUUCUCAAAGUGACUGUUCCAGCUGCGAUGAGCUACAUCACAUUUAUUUUAUAUUCUUGGUUGAAAUAAAAUUUAAUUGACUUUG